GGAAGAUCAAAGACGAGUUGUUGGCAAAAUAGCUGUGGAGGCAAAGAGAACUCUGGUUGAAGAAAAAGAGACAAGGGUCUGGGAAGCAAGAAUGGUUGAAUGUUACUAAGAAAACUAUGGUUUCAGAUUCGCAAUGGAUGUCCAGAGAAGUGUAUGGUCAUCAUCCAAGGAGAUAUCAGUCAUGGGCGGCGCCACAUAUAAAUCAUCAGGGGCAAAAGCACCCCUUGGACUUGGAAAAAAAUAAUAUACAAGGAGGGUUUAUAUGUUCUAAUACUUUGCACUUCUGGAAUCAAAUAUUUUGCACCCCUAAGUCCAACUUUAAAGAUAUUUGGGUUUCAAAAAAUUUUAUAUCUCUUAAAGUUAGUGAUUAGAUUAACAAUUGCCACAACAACGGUAGAAAGAGAAUUUUCCUUCAUAAAAUUUGUGAAAAAUAGGUUGUGAAAUAGUAUAAAAAAUCCAUUGAUGAAUAAUUAUCUAAUGACUUAUAUUAAAAAAGAUAUUUUUCUUAGCAUCGAUAAUGAGAUGAUUGUUUAACGAUUCCAUAACAUGAAGUCAUAUAGGGUACAAUUGUUUUUAAAAUUAUUACGUUAUUUUUAAAUUAUUAAUUUAAAAAAUGUUGCACCCCAUGGCCCAGAGUCCUGGCAUCACCACUGGAGAUAUGGCCAUGGAGCUGUGAUGUGUUCGUAUUAAAUUUCAUAACUGAGGAAAAUUGCUCAUUUGUUAAGGAGUUUCGCAAUGCUCUAUAUAGAUGUGGUCUGGUUAUGGCUUCUCGAGAUUCUAUUGCUCGAGCUCCCUUGAACAAACAAGCUUCGUGUUUUUAUCGUCUCAAAAAACUAUGAGGCCCAAAUACCCUACUUGCAGGAACUGAACUCAUGGAGAGGCCAGUUUCUAUCAAUUUUUUUGGAGGUGGAUCCCUUUCAAGUACAUAGUGGUUUUCAUAAACUGCUUGAACAAAAGUUGGGGCCAUGUUCACUUCCUAUACAAGAUUUGGUGGUUCAAGAUAAGAGAGACCAGUCGCGGGUUAUGCGUAAUAUUGUUGAGAAAUCUACCAAAAUUUUGUGUGAGCGUGCUCGGAUAUCAUUUGGACAUGACAUUGAAGCAUAUGCAAGGGAAAUAGAUAAAUCAAGAGAAAUAGCUACAGUUGGGAUAGGAUAUCAUCGUGUAGAAAAAUUAGUUGAGCUCAUGGACUUAGGCUCAAAUUAUGAUGUGCGAGUUGUAGGGAUUAGUGGGAUGGGGGGAGUAGGGAAGUCAGCUCUUGCGGAAGAUGUCUUUGAAAUAAUCUCCUACCUUCUUGAUUCUGCCUAUUUCAUCUCCACUCCAACUACCACUCAAGAUUAUCCUCCAAGUCAAUCCAUAUUAAAGGAGGCCUUUCUUCAGAUAGCUUUGCCAAAAGAAUUUCAACCUUCAUAUUUAAAAAGCCCAAGACUCCAGAGGAUGCUUGUUGAGUACUCGAAACAUUUUGAUGGAGGAUGGAUUAGACGGUUGUUUGGAGGAGGAAGUAGAAUUAUCAUAACAAGCAGAGAUGAGGGACUCCUUAGACAUCUUGGAGUAGAUGAGAUUCACAAGGUGGAACUAUUGAAUCAAAAUGAAGCUCUUCGACUUUUUUGCAAAAUUGUUUUCAAAAGUGAUAAACCAAUGACAGGUUAUGAGGAGCUGACCCUCGAAGCACUUAAAUAUGCUGAUGGCCUUCCAUUAGCUGUUAAAUCAGUAGGUUCAUCGCUUGUUGAUCUAAGUGUCUCAGAGUGGAAAAGUGUGUUGACCAAACUUCAAACAGUUCCUGACCCUUCAGUACUCACAGUGCUUAAGAAAAGUUUUGAUGGGCUCACAGAUUGGCAAAAGAAUGCUUUCUUGGAUAUUGCAUGUUGUUUUGCAGGACAAAAGAUUGAUUAUAUCAAGGGAAUUUUAUUUUGUCAAUAUCUUUUUCGAUUUUUUUAUGAGAUGAUAAUCGAAAGUCUUAUUGAAAAGUCACUGAUGAGCAUAUCAAGUCAAAGAAUAAAAAUACAUCGUCUCCUAGAACAGUUAGCAAAACUAAUUGUUCUUGAUGAAUCUCCCGAACCUGGAAAGCGGAGUAGGAUAUGGAAUUAUGAAGAUUUUCGUCAUAUCAUGGAGGCAAAUGCUGGAACUAAUCGUGUUCAAAUCAUAGUACUCUCAAAUGAUGAAGAGCAUCCACAGGGGACAACUUUGAACAUAGAAGGUUUAUCAAAAUUGAGGAAACUCAAAAUCCUUAUAUUUCACAAUGUGUAAUAUUCAGGAAAUCCCUAUGAUCUUUCUAACAACUUGAGAUAUCUUUCCUGGGAUAAGUAUCCACUUAAUCAUUUGCCAUCAAAUUUUGAGCCAAAAUGCCUUGUGGAAUUGAUCAUGCCAGACAGCAGCAUAACACAACUAUGGAGAGAUGAAGAGACAGAGAUGCAGUACCUGGAGAACUUGAACCUCCGUGGCUCUAAAGAUUUGAUGAAGAUACCUUAUUCUGAUUUGCUUCCAUGUCUUGAAAGGUUAGACUUGGAAGGAUGUACUUCAUUAGUGCAGCUUCAUCCUUCUAUUGCGUAUUUGAGAAGGCUUAAGUUUUUGAAUUUGAGAAACUGCACAAAUCUAGAAAGUAUUCCAAAUGAAUUAUUUGGCGAAAGCUCUCUUGAAUUUCUAAAUCUGGCUGGCUGCUCCAAAUUUGCCCAAAGUUUGAGGUUCAAGAGAGUAACAUUAAGUUGGUCUUAUGUUAGACUUAUGUGGCUUUAAUCAUGUAUUAAUUAUAUGAACACAUCUCUUUCUUUGCAUUGAGCUCUAUCAAUAUUCUCGUCUGCUACAAUUUGUGUCUAUUUGCAUCUGCUAUGGAACAUUUUUAUUUUAUAAUUAUAUCCAA